AUGAGUACUAGGAGUUAUAACCAUGUUGAUCAAGGGAAGUUAAAGUCUAGAGCAAUGAAGGGAAUUCUCAUGGGGUAUCCACAUGGAGUCAAAGGAUACAGAAUUUGGAGUAUUGAUGAAAGAAAAUGCAUCAUCAGCAGAGAUGUUAUUUUCUGUGAAGGCAUACUAUAUAAGGAUGUAGUAAAGGUGUCACGAGAGGGUAAGGAAAAAGAAAAGAGACAAGUUAAAAAGGUCUCUUUUAUUCUGCCAAAUGAGGAAGGUGAAUCUUCUGAAUCAGAGGCUGAGACAUCAGAAGAAGGUGAAGUUUCUUCAGGAAAUGAUGAAAUUGUUCCAGAUUCAGAAGAAGAAUCAGAUGAAGGAGGACUUAAAGAUUACCAGCUUGCAAGAGAUAGAGAAAGAAGGGUCGGAAUUAAACCUCCAAGUAGGUUUGAUGAUCAGGAUGUAGCUGCUUAUGCUCUAAAUGUGUUCCAACGCAUGAAUGCAGAAGAACCUCAAACUUAUGAAGAAGCCAUAAGGUGCAAAGAUAGACUGAAGUGGAUUGCUGCUACUAAUGAGGAGAUGGAGUCUCUUCUAAAGAAUCAUACAUGGAAGCUGAUACAAAGACCUGAAAAAGAAAGAACCAUUGGGUGCAAAUGGAUUUUUAAGCUCAAGCCAGGAAUAAAAGGAGUGGAGGAACCUAGAUACAAAGCUAGGUUAGUGGCUAAGGGGUUUUCUCAGAUUGAGGGGAUUGAUUAUCAUGAAGUUUUUUCACCAGUAGUGAAGCAUACAACUAUACGGCUGGUGUUGUCGAUGGUGGUCGAUUAA